CAGAGGUCUGUAGUCAUCAGCCGGCCGGCAGCAGCAGCAGCAGCAGCAGGAGGAGGAGGAGGAGGAGGAGAGUGAAUGAGUCCUGCACUCACAGAGCUGAUCUACUUUGGUUCAGUUGCGCGCGGACAGCGAGCAGAGAGGAGGUGCGCGUGUUUAUCAGCCAAGAGAACUAGAAACCUUCAACUCACAGAUCUGUUUUCCAUCACUAGUGUUGGUCCUCUGCUGGGUUUUUACUGUUUUAGCUGCUGAUGCUGAGAUGAAGCGGAGAGCCUGAGCGCGUCUGGCACAUCAGAGUCUCCAGGACGCACCGGACCGGUCCGGACCAGGACGCACGGAGCAUCUCCACAUCUCCACUCAGAGAGAGAGACCAGGAGGAGGAAGAAGGUCCAUCUGGAGUUCUGCACAUGGAAAUUACAUCUCAAACUUUCAGAGAGUCAUGUGAAUCAUAAAUGAUAAUUCUUUUUGACCUCCACUGAUGCUUGAUUUUACUGUCCUGCUGCGCACACCGGAUUUGUUUGUUUGGUUUUGUUUGUUUGGCAUGUUGUUCCUCCCAGCCCGGAUAACGGAUCCCUGACUCGGUCUGGGCUCAUCUGAAGAUCCUCUCCAGGAUGUUACAGUCUAAGCGGCCCAGGCAUCAUUGGGCCACCGUUCACUACCACCACCACAUAUCACCACACAGCUGGGGGUCCCGCUGUGUCUAAGGAAUUACCUGAAUUACCUCCACCCUCUAGCCUCCACCUCCACCUCCAGCCUCCAGCCUCCACCCUCCAGCAUCCAGCCUCCUCCCAACACCCUCCAGCCUCCACCUCCAGCCUCCACCCUCCAGCCUCCACCCAACACCCUCCACCCUCCAGCCUCCACUUCCACCCUCCAGUCUUCACCCAACACCCUCCAGCCUCCACCUCCACCCUCCAGCCUCCACCCAACACCCUCCACCUUCCAGCCUCCUCUGCCUUCGUCUGAACACGGAAUCUUAUCCAACUAGUGACUUGGUGACUUGGUGAACUUUGACAUUGGCUUUACGAGUCUCACCUCUGGGCUACUAUGCAAUUACAACUGAUCUCCUUUGUGUUGAUCAUCUUGCACCACUGCAUGGAUUACACUGGUUGUCAGCAGCACAGCAGCUCCAGGCACCGGCAGCAGAAACAGAUCUCUGGUGUGAGCUCAGGGUGCCAGCAGGGUGGCUGUCUGACCUGCUCUGACUACAAUGGCUGCCUGUCCUGCAAGCCGCGCUUCUUCAUGCAUCUGGAGAGGAUUGGGAUGAAGCAGAUCGGGGUGUGCAUGACUUCCUGUCCUCCGGGCUUUUACGGCACACGCUCGCCAGAAAGAAACACCUGCACAAAGUGCAGGUCGGAGUGCGACUCCUGCUUCAACAAGAACUUCUGCACACGCUGCCGAGCGGGAUUCUACCUUCACCUGGGGAAGUGCCAGGAGAACUGCGCCGAGGGGCUGGUCCGCAGCGACCCGCAGAGGGAGUGUGUCCCCAGGUGCCCUGCAGAGUGUGAGGUGUGUGUGAACGGUGAGGCAUGUACGCGGUGCCGGCCAGGCCUGUACGAGCUCAGCGGGCGGUGCCACCAUGUCUGUCCAGAGGACUACGAGCCCAACGACAAACUCAUGGAGUGCACAACGCAAGUGCACUGCGUGGUGGGCGAGUGGAGCGAGUGGAGCCCCUGCUCUCGGUCCGGUAGAACCUGCGGGUUCAAGCGGGGCCAGGAGACCCGCACGCGGCAGGUCCUCCAGUACCCGUCACCCUUCGGCGACCCCUGCCCUGAGAUCUCAGAGAUCAAAGACUGCCUGGUGAAGAGGAGGAAAUGUCCAGGAGGACGGAGGAAGAACGAUCGAAGAGAACGGAGGAAUCGUAACAAGGAGAACCAGGAGGGCCGACGGGAGAGGAAGAGAGAGAGGGAGCGAGAGAGGGAGAGAGACACGGGGGAACGUGAGGACUCUGAUAACAGGAACAAAACGGAGCACCGGCACCGCAGAGGUCACGACACGGAGCCGGUCUCCCCCGGAGACGGCCUCGUACAGUAGAGCUCUGGACAGAGCGCCUCCACACCCUCCUCCUCCUCCUCCUCCUGUUGUCCUCCCAUUCUUCCUUCUCCAAACCUCCCCCAUCCUCGCCCACUGUUCACCCCCCUCGACCCCUCUCUGCAGGGGUGUUGCUGCUACCUGUAUGAUUUGAAUAUAAUGUUUCUGCACAAGCGGGAUGGGGCACAUUCAGCCACAAGGCUCGGGCCACUCCGGACUUUCAAAAGUCUUUUUUAUCUACCCUGUAGCCUCUACUCCUUCACUUCCACCACUGAGAGAGUGUCUCUGUGGAGACACUGCUGUUGGGACUGAAGAACAAAGUGAGACAUGUCUGUGACUGUGCGGAGGACCGGCAGACGGACGGACAGAGAGACAAAGACGUUAUACUAUGUGCUUGUUGAUAUGGUUAUUUAAUGGGGCCCUGGUACAACAUUGCGCGUCUUUGGUUUUUGAAUGUAGAUUUUGCAACAUUAUGUAGAACUAUUGUUUAUUAUUGUUGUUCCUGUUCUUUAGAUCUCUUUACUUUAUUUUAUUUGGUGCAGAAUUUGUAAAGAAAAGUGAGUUUGUUCUUGCCAUCUUGUGACAUCUUCAUAAUCACAUUACCAGUGACGGAUGUAGGAGAACCUGCAUUCUGUGACUCAGAGAACAAAUGCUAGUUUUAUUCAGAUUAAGUGAUAAAUCUAAUCCUCCAUCGGUUUCUCUUUUUCUGUAAAUGGAAUCUGUGCCCUCAGUAAAGCUCCUGGACUAGGAACCAAAAGCACCUGUAUGUCAAAUAAAACUAUAAUGGGUUUGUA